UGAUCAGCUGUGUCCAAUCACAGAAGGGACAUCUACACUGAUCAUCAGGGCACUGAUGAUCAGUGUAGCUCCAUCAGUGCCACCUGUCAGUUCCCAUCAAUGCCACAUACCAGUGCCUACCAGUGCACAUCAAUGCCAAAUAUCAGUGCCCAUCAUAGUUGCAUUUUAGUGCCAACUAUCAGUGCCAGUCAGUGCCACCUGUCAGUGCCGCCUAUCAGUGCCCAUCAAUGCUGCCUAACAGUUCCAAUCAGUGCCGUCUAUCAGUGCCCAUCUUUGCUGCCUAUCAGUUCCAUAUAUGAGUGCUGCCUUUCAGUGCCCAUCAGUGAUGCCUGUCAAUGCCCACCAGUGAUGCCUGUCAAUGCCCAUCAGUGCCACCUACCAGUACCUCAUCAGUGCCGCCUAUCAUUGCCCAUCGAUGCAGCCUAUCAGUGCCCAUCAAUGCAGCCU